AACAUGGUUUCGAUGGGUGGCUUAUGGGUGAAGCUUGGGCAAAUGAUAUCGACCCGUGCCGACGUCUUCCCUGCGCCGAUCAUUAAGCAGCUGAAGCUCUUGCAGGACGCGUUGCCACCAAGGCCCUUUGAGGAAGUCGAGGAAGCCUUGAGACUCUCUUUUCCUACUUGGCCGUUUGCAGCCGUGUCAGUGGAGCCUCUCGCUACCGCGAGUAUUGCCCAAGUCCAUCGUGCGACUCUUUUGGAUGGAACUAGAGUGGUGGUGAAGGUGAGGCACAAGGGAAUUCAAGCGGUUCUUGACCAAGAUUUGGACAAUGCGCAGUACAUUGUCGAAUCUUUAGCGGAGGAGAAGCCACAGCUGGACUUUCGAGUCAUCUUCCAGGAGUGGGCAGCCGAAACGAGGAAGGAGACCAAUUUCCGGCAGGAAGCAGAGAACACGGAGACGGUUUUUUGGAACUUGAGGGAGCUCGCAGCGAAACAAAUAGCAAGAGUGCCGAAGGUGAUCCGUGGAUACCAUGUUCCUCUUGCACAAGCAGCUGAAGCAUUCUCAGAACAAGAGAUAGAAACAUUGGUGAAGAGGAGAAACGACGCGUCCAAAUUGGCCAGAAGUGCGACAAGAACCCGUCAGAGUACUAGAGCUAGCACUUCUAGCAGAAGAAGUUCAGCGAAAAGCGUUGUGACUCCCUCUACCUCUUCUGAUAGCUUCACCCCAGAAGGGCAAGCACCUCCUCAACAAGCACGGACCGUCUACAUCCCAACAAUACCAACGCGAUCUGUCUUGGUCCUAGAGUUCAUCGAAGGCGUAAAACCGACAGAACGGGAAGUUAUUUUGCGGACAUGGGGAGCUGAUGGGAAUGCAGUGAUGGAUCAAAUCUCCGCGGCGUUUGCGCAGCAAAUUUUCGUCGACGGCAUUUUCAACGGGGAUCCGCAUCCAGGCAACUUCCUGAUCGAAAGGGUUGAGCCUACGACAGUACGGAGUGAUAGUGCAAUGAUGACUUCUGCUAGUUGUACUAGUGCUGGUACUAGUUGUAGUGGUGCUUCGUCUAGUACGAGUACAGCGGCGAGUGGAUCUUCUGAUAGCGCGAUUGUAACCACGGCAGCAGACAUGGCUACGAUGGCCAAUAUUUUAAACGUCAGCACAACAACCAACUCCUCCUUACGUCCUACUGUAGUGCCAGUGUUGUUAGACUUCGGUCUAGUCAAGCGCAUCCCCACUAAGCUAAGGAUGGCCUUUUGCCGCCUACUAGUUGCCGCACACGAACAAGACAUUUCUGCUUUGCUUUGUGCUUUGGGCGAAUUGGGUGUGGGAGAACAGGCUUCUCUUGCGAGGCCAGACCGGGCGUUGCAAUUCGUUAGAUUUGCGUUUCGCGACGCUGAACCAGAAAAGAGCUUUGACGAACAGAAGAGCGAGUGGACUCCAGAGGACCAUGAUGAUGUGGAGGACACUUUUUCGGACAUUGAAGAAGAGGAGGAUGAGGAGGACGAGGAAGAUCUUCAGGGUUCACCAACAAAAGGAACAAAUGAGGUGGUCAAGAACAAGGAUCUAAAAACAAGUUCGUCCUCUACCACAACACCGACUUCCGCUGCAGCUGACCAAGAAACUACAACAGCUGCUGAUGACGCAGCAAAUGAUGCUUCUGCAGAAGCUGAACCCGAAGUCGACGAAAGCAAAAAGCUCUCCGACGAAGCAAUCAAGGCAGCUGGCGGCGUCAUGUUUUUGCUUCGCGUGAUCUCGUGUUUGCGCGGUAUCUCAGUCUCGCUCGGUGUAGGCCAUUCCUACUUGCAUUCUAUGGCGCCGUUCGCGAGAAGCGCUUUGCGCAGGUUUUAUCAAGACGACGCAGACGAGACAGAGGACGAGGAUGAGAAAAAACUCAGGUUAGAAUUUUCGCCCACUCCAACGAUGAUUGGAAACAAGAAGGUUCAAGUUCUUAAUGACCCACAGACGGUUUUGAUCGAGAAGUUGGUGUACAAAUUGACCGAGCUGCGCGACCAAGACCUAGUAUGCGGAUUGCAGAUGUGCGUUUUCAAGAAGAACGUCAAGGUGAUCGACUUCGCUUUCGGGGAACUCGGUCGUGUCGAUCCUAGACCGUACAAGCGCACUACAUUAGUGAACGCGUUUUCUUGCGGGAAGAUUCUACCAGUGUUGCUGAUCCAUAUUUUCGUCGAUCGCGGAUGGAUCGACAGUUUAGACGAUUUCGUUGCGGACUACUGGCCCGCUUUUUCGAAGAACGGCAAAGGCAAGAUCACCAUUCGUGACGCUCUAGAGCAUAAAACAGGGCUUGCACGCGCUUUUCCGACGAAGUUCUCGAAAGGACUACAACAAGGAAAGGCAGAAAAAGCUAAGAAAAAGAGGUUUGGCCAGAGUCAAACUGAGGAAGAAAAAGCUAAGAAGAAGGUACCAUCUGACAAGGGGAGGUCGAUUCGCGCCAUCUGCGAUUUUGCAGUCAUGAAGAAGUGGAUCGCGAGUGCAAAACCAGAUCCGGAACAGAAGAAUUCGGAGAAUUACCACGUUUUGACGCAUGGAUGGAUCCUCGCAGGCUUGGCGGAAGAAGUGUACAACAGAAAAGUGUUGAAGCUGGGUGAAGAGCAGCUA